CCCUCUUUCUCUCACUUUCUCCCCCAAGAAUAUUCAAGAAAGUCAGUCAAGAGAGAAAGGGAAAAAAGAGAGAGAUUCGAAUUCGAACAAUGGUGAGCAGCAGCAAGAGCCGGGAAAGAUUCCCGGAGAAGAAGAUCCCGGUUCUCUCAGUCCUCCAGAACUGUUCGAUCAUCAAGAACAUCUUCGUCGUCGGCCCGUCCGACGGCGAAUCUUCCGUCGCCUCCGGAGGCGGAGGAGGAGGAAAACAACCGGAGCGAGACGGAGGCGGCGCUACGGAAAUGGAGGAGGUUGUGACGGUCGGCAGGCAUCCGGACAACUUGAUCGUGUUGACGCAUCCAAGCAUCAGUAGAUUCCACUUCAAGAUCAUCGUCAAGUCAUCUACUCACCAGCUCUUCGUCACCGAUUUGGCUUCCGCUCAUGGAACUUGGGUAUCGGGGAAGAAGAUUGAUCCUGGAGUUCGAGUGGAGGUGGCCGAAGGAGACACGAUCCAAAUCGGCGCUUCGACCAGAGUUUAUCGGCUGCAUUGGGUGCCAAUGAGUCGAGCUGACGAUAUGGAGAAUCCUUCUGCUUCUUCGGAUAUGGAUGUUGCCUUGGUGGAAGAGAAGGAAGAGCCAAAGCCAGGGCCUGCUGGAGCUAAACAAGAGAUGACGACUCCUCAGAAAGAGGGUAAGGAAAUUGGGAUUAGGGAUUCAGAAGAAGAGGGGGAGGUUUUGAGCAGUAAAAGAUGCGAUGGAGUUGCUCGGAGAGCUGCGAGUGAGGAAAUUUCUGCGGUUAGUGAAAGCAGUGAACAGUAUUCGUGUGAAGAAGUGUCAGGGAUUCAAGAGGUAGUCAAGUUGGAAGCUCCACUGUCUGCUAUGGAAGCAGAAAUCAAGUCGGAAUCUCCAUUGCCUGUUCUGGCUGCAGAUAACGAAGUGCCUAUGAAGGAAGAAGCAGAGUUUCAGUUUAGGGAUUCUGAGGAAGUUUCCAGUAGUGAGAAGGAAGAGGUAGUUAUGUUGGAGGCCAUCAGUGAGGAAUCUUCUUCACAAGAUGAAAGCAGAGGAUCUUAUUCAUGUGAAGAAGCAUCCGAUGUCCAUGAUAGCUUAGAUUCUUCGCUGGCUGUUACAGAAGAACAGCAAACGUCUGGCUUUGAUGUAGUGGAAGAAACAGAGAACCAAUGCUUGGUGAAGGAAGAUCAUGUACAAUGUGGAAUGUUCGAAUUAGAAUCUGUUAACUUGUCUUUGAUAGAGGGGAAACCAACUGAGAACUCUCAGCAAGUGCUUUUUGCAGAGGGCAAAGAGAAAAUGGGAAGUCCAUAUAGAGAGGAUGAUGAAGUAUUGGAAGUUUCCCAGCUGGGCACUGAUAGUCUAGUGCUACGACAUGAAGAGGCUUCUGUAAGAUCGCUGAUUGAAGAUCAAGAACAAGCGAAAACUGCUGCUCUAGGAUCUGAUUCAGAAAACUUGUGCUAUCUUGAUGGGAAAUUGACUGAUUCCCAAUUGCAGCAGAUAUCCGUUUGUGAAGAGAAUGAAGAAACAAGGGUUCCAUUGAGAAAUGAUAAUGAACUGACGGAAGUUUCAGGAUAUGGAAAUUGUGGUUCAGUCGUUGUAGAAAGUGACGAAACUUCUGAUUCAGGGAAUUUGUGCUAUCUUGAUGGGAAAUUGACUGAUUCCCGCUUACAGCAGGUAUCAGUUUGUGAAGAGAAUGAAGAAACAAGGGUUCUUUUGAUAAAUGAUAAUGAAGUGACUGAAGUUUCAAACUAUGGAACUUGUGGUUCAGUUGUUGUAGGAAGUGAAUUUGAAGAUAAUCAGAUAUCUGAAUCCUGUUUUGCUAAUGAUCCCCUGACAGAGGAUGGGGACAAGGACUUGUCUUUAACAAUUCAGGGAGAAUCCAGUGAUGUGGCGAACAUAUACUCUUCACUACUUUUUGCAGCUGUAAAAGCCCACUUGGACAGAGAAAUAGCUAUGAUGAAAGACAUGGAACCUUCAGAACCUGCUCGUUUAGAGGUAAACUUGUCUUUAACAGUUGAAACCCCACUCAAGGCUGACCAGCCCCAAGUGUCUCUUGAGGAGGGCAAGGAGGAAAUAACUAAUGAUGAAGUCAUCGAAGUUCCAAGCAAAGUUCAAGCAUACUUGCUGAAUAGUGAAAGAGCAUCAAUGAAAGACCAGGGAAUUUUCGAACUCAGUCUUCCCGAGAAAUCUGGUUCAGUGAGUUUGUCUAUAAUUGACGAGAAUCUGUCUGGGACUGAGUUGCACCAGGUAUAUUCUUCUGAGGAGAAGGAAGGCAUAGGGAGCUCGUGGAAAAAUAAUGAUGAAGUUCAAGUCGACUUUGUGGAUUGUGUAAGCUCAUCAAUGAAGGACCAGGAAUUGGAUUCAGUGAACACGUGUAUGAUGGAUGAAAACCUUUCUGGGACUGAGAUGCAGCAGGUUUCUUUAGUUGUGGGGAAGGUGGAAGACAUAGCAAGCUCGUGUAGAAAUGAUGACGAAGUCAAAGAAGUUUCGAAGUUGCCUCAGUCGGUUGAGAGUCUACUUAAGGCUGAGUUCCAGUUGAUUUCAUUUGAGGGAGAAUAUGACAUAAGCUCUGUGUCCAUAAAUGAUGGCGAAGUCUCAGAAGUUCCACUGUCACGUUUUUCGGUUGAGAAUCUACUCGAGGCUGACCUACAGUUGGUUUCAUUUGAGGGAAAAGAUGGUGAAUUCAAAGAAGCUGCUAAGUUGCCUUUUCCAGUUGAGAAUCUACUUGAGGCUGACCUGUCAUUUGUGCCAUAUGAGGGGAAAGAUGAAAUGAGCCUUUUGUCCAGAAAUUAUAGUGAAGUCACAGUAGUUCCAACCAUGGUGGGAACAGAUUUAGGAUACAGUGAAAGAUCAGAAAUGAAGGAUCAAGAACAUGUCGAAAUUGUUGCUUCUGAAGCAGAUACAGGGUACUUGCCUUUGUUGGUACAAAAUCUCUAUGAGGCUGAUUUUCAACAGUCCUUUGUGGGGGAGAAAGACAUGGAAAAACCACCAUGUACAAAUGUUGAUAAUGAAGAAGUUGCAGAACUUCCGAAUUUGGCAACGGGCUGUCUACCUGAUGUGGAGUGUGGGAGUGGAAGUGAGCAUGAGAAGUUUGAUGAACUCGAUAGAAGUCCUGAUUCUCCUGCAAGCUUGAGAAGUGAUCAUGGUCUGCCUGAUGUAGAGCGUGAGUGUGGAACUGAGCACGAGAAGUUUGAUGAAUUCGAUAGAAGUCCUGAUUCUCCUGCAAGCUUGAGAAGUGAGCAUGGUUCACCUGAUGUAGAGUGUGAGAGUGGAAGUGAACGCGAGAAGUUUGAUGAACUCCAUAGAAGUCUUGAUUCUCUUGCAAGCUUGAGAAGUGAUCAUGAUUCACCUGAUGGAGAGCGUGAGAGUGGAAGUGAGCACGGCGAGUUUGAUGAACUAGACAGAAGUCCUGAUUCUCCUACAAGCUUGAGAAGUGAUCAGGACUCAACUGAAUUAGAGAGUGAGGAUGGAGGUAAGCAUGAGAAACAUGAUGAACUCGAUAGAAGUCCCGAGUCCCCUUCAAACUUGAAAAGCGAUCAUGGAACUGAGCAUGUCGAAUUUAAUGCACUGGAUAGAAGUCCUGAAUGGCCGUCUGUCGAAGUUCACCUUUCAAAGAGAUUAUUAAACACAGAGUUCUCUGCCAGCUUAGAGACAGAAAUCAAUAUGGACGACUUUGAUUCUCUAAUGUCUGCUGAGAGCAUGGAAGGUGAUGAUCUGGGCACCGCAAGUAAACCACUGCAGGAAGGCCUUCUUGGAAUUUCCUCUAUUGAAACAGACUCCACUAUUUCUGAAGCUAAUUGGCAGCUAGUCUCAUUUUCUGAAGCAAGGGAUGAUAAACUGAUGGAAACUUCGAAUGCUGAAGCUGGUAGUAUAGUUGUCCAAGAAGCGGAAGAAGAGGAUAUAAAUGGAGAUUCUUCACCAAAGAGUGGAAACGUGGAAAUGGAGUCUCCUCUAAGGUCACAAGUGAAACUCAGUAAUCCUAUAGACUUGGACACCCUCUUUGUUGCUGCACUUGAAUCUGACUUGAAUACCAAUGCAUCGCCGGCAGAAGACCAGAGACAGAGAUAUCUAGACAUGUCUCUUUUUGAUAGCCCUGUAAGGGCAGAAGCCGUAUCAAAGAGAGGCCAAAGCUUGGACUCAAGCAGACCGUUGGAUUUCGAUUCCUCGUCGCCAUGUGAUGGUGCUGCAGUGAGAGAACAAGAACAAAAGAUGGAACAAGUUUGUCCUGUUGAGUCUAAAUCUCUGACUUCGCCUUCGCAGCUAGUCAACAAUGUCAAUGGUGGCAUUCAAGCACCAGAGGAUCAUAGUUCUACUUCAAAUGAAGAGCCUGGAAGCUUCUCUCUCUGCACUGUAUCAAUGGUGACAGAAUCUGUGAGCUCAUCAUCUUUCUCAAUUGAGGAACUUCUCUCUGAGAUCAUGGAGAGCGAAGAAGAAGAAAGCACGACCCCGCAAUCUGUUCUUGCGACAGUACGAAGUUUGGAACAGCAGAUUCCCAAGAGCGAAAAUAAUGCCGGCAGGUCAUCAGUAAAGAGAACAAGCUUUUGGCUCAAGAGAGUAGAAUCUGGUUCAGGUGUUGGUCAGCUCCGGAAAAGUCAAAGCAUGGGGAAGAUCAGUAGUGAGGAAACGAGAUCAUCACCAAAGAAGCUCCCUUUCUCAGGUUUCGAAUUGCCACCACAGAAAGACCUCUUCACUCCGGACAAGGAGAAUCGAAGCCCGAAUAAGUCCAGUUUACGCAGAUCUUUAUCGUCUAAGAUCACGCUUACUUCCAGAAUCAUGUCAGAAGGUAACACUUCCCCGAUCCAGGAGAACUCCAGUACUCCUGAAGCCAUUCAACAAAGGGUAGCUACGACUACAACACCAAGUCCAAGCUCCAGGAACAACAUAGCAAAGUUAGGACUGCAAAUGGUGUUAAGGAACGAUAGGAUGCCGUUGCAGAAUCUGAUUAUCCGUUCCCCAGUGAAAAGCCUGUCUGGUGGUGGAGCUUAUUCACUUGGUUCUGCUGCGGAGCAAUCUUCUGUUAACCGCAGCAGAGGAGAAACAAAGACGAAGAAAUGGAUAAUGGUAGUGGACACGGCUUCUCUGCUGGACAACGAGUCAAGGAAAGCGUUGCAGCUUCUACAAGGUCUCAGGGGGACUCGGUUGAUCAUUCCAAGAAUAGUCAAGAAUGAACUGGAGUCAUUGAAGAGAACUGGUAGAUUGUUCAGGAGGAACACAGCGGCAUCCAAAGUGCUGGAGUGGAUAGAAGAGUGUGAACUGAAAACAGAGUGGUGGAUUCACGUCCAGACCUCGAUAGAGAGUGCAGUUCCACUCACGCCACCUGCUUCGCCAGAAUCUGGAAUCGGUGGCAGCAGCAGCAGGAUGAAAUGGUACACUCCAUCUUCAUCGAUGACACCACCUGCUUCCCCGGAAUCUGGAACUGGAACUACCGGCAAGACAAAAUGGUACAGCCCAUUUUCAUCAAUGCCCUCACCGAGACGAGAAGAUCAUGUCCUUUCCAGUGCCUUGUUCUACAAGAAACUCUGUCAUGGUGGGGAACAAGUCGUCCUGAUUAGCCAUGAUCCUGACCUCCUAUUCAAAGCCGUGCUAGAGGGUUUGGUAUGCGAGACGGCUCAGGAGUUCAGGGGCAGCCUGGUGAACCCUUUCUCCGAGAGGUUCUUAUGGGGCGAAAGCUCUCCCAGAGGGCAAACUUGGUCUGUUCAUGAUGACGUGGUGUUGAAGGAAAGGUACUACCCUGCUCCUCAUCGGAAGUUGACACGGGGAGAGACUGCGAGAGGCCUGAAACUCAUACUGCUCAGCGACGACUCAUGUCGCAGUGACUCCAUUAAAACUCUGUAGGCUUCAGUGGAAUGAGUAAUUAGAGAGCUGCUUUGCUUUCUGCUGCUACAGAGUUUUCUGUAGCUUUCUAGCUUGCAUUAGUUAUAGCUGGUUUUCUCAACCAGUAUUAUAUUCUCUGUUAACAUAGAAGAUGAAUUCCUGCUGCCUUGCCAUUUCACUGAGAAAUGAAUAUAUUCCUGCUGUUAUUAGAUUUCACUGCAUAUAAAUCUCUUUAUUUUGGAUUCAGGAAAUUUGUUGCCAUGAAACCUGACAUUCUAUGACAUAAAAACAAAAGUUGUAGACACAUGAAUUUUCUACCAAGUUGCGAACAAUAGUCCAAUGCUAGCCCUACUACUACUGCUAGUACUAGGAUUCCCCUCCAGUUUUCUGGCUGCUGUAAUUACACGACCCGCCAGACAACAGAAACGAGAAUGAAGCCUCAGAAUCGUCGAACCCCUGUCGAUUGAACUCGGGAAACCCACCAACGAAAUUGCACGAAUCGAAGUUCAAAGGGGAGAAGCAGCUUGCGACAGCGGCCGCACCAGCAGGAUCAUCGACUGACUUGAAGUCCAUGAGAGCUUGAGCACCAGAAUUGAAGUCCAUGGUAGCAAGGCCACUGCCCAGCAGCAGCAUCAGUAGGAGCAAGAGCAACGACUGUCUUGGUUUCGUCGGGAGGAAUGGCAGGGGUGUGUCCUUGGAACAGCGCGAUGUGUCCGAACAGCUUGUCCUUCCUGGAGAAGGUGGUCCCGCAAGAGCAAAGCCACUUGUCCCUCCCGCAGUGCUUCUCGUGGGUCUUGAGGUCAGCCAUGACCGAGAACUUCUUGGUGUUGCACCUGCUGCACACAUAGCUCUUGUCGCAGUGAGUUCUCUUGUAGUGGUUCUUGACACAGAGGAUCGUUUUGAGAGGCUGGAACUUCUUGUGGUCCUUGUUCCGCUUGCAGCCCGAGAAAGGGCAUGAGUAUCUCUUGAUGAUCACGGGCUCUGCGGCUGAGCCCACUUCUUUUACCGUUGGAGGCUUUGCGAGGGCUGCAGGAGUCUUAUACUCGUCACCGUGGCCUCUCAUGUGCAUUCUCAAGUUGGCAUCCCGCUUGAAACCUUUCCCACAUAUAGUGCAGAAGUGAGUGUGCGGGGCCAGGAUUUCUUCCUUCUCGAGCUGUAGAAUCUCGUAAGAACCAGGUGGGAGAUGCUCGGUUUCACCGUCCUCAUGUUCUUCAUGCUCUUCGGUGGUGGAGUAGUUGUGUUCGACAUCCAUACUGUUGUUAGACUGCUGCUGCUGUUGCUGCUCGGGAGACACAGCAGCUGGUUUUGGUGUGAACUGUCCGAACUGUCCGAUUGUCUUGACUGAUGGCAGCAGGGUACCAGCAGUGGAUAUCAACUGGACAAUGAUUGAGGUGAGAUCAGCAGUUAUGAGCUGCUGCUGCUGCUGAGUCAGGACCUCAUCUGGUUUGCUGGGAACUUGACCUUUUCGGGUGAUGAUCAAGUGGACCAUGCCCUGGAGCUGAUGGAUCUUUUGUUCCAAGAAAGAGAGGUUGUUGAGCAUUGCACUUGGAUCCCAUUCAGGGGGUUUGCUGUCGUUGGUGUUGUUAUCGUUGCCUUGUAUCGAAUUAUUGAUCUGACAAUUUACUUGUUCAUGGAAUGGUGGUUGUUCUUGGCCAAUCCUGAAUCCAUAGUCCAUGAUAGGGGAGCUAUUGUUGUCCCACUUCUUCUCGAGCUGCUGUUGCAACCCAAAAUCUGCUGAUUUCUGUUGUAACGAGUUUGACGAUAUGGAUUUCGUCCCCCAUGUAUCACCACAUAUCUCAUCUUCAGGAUCCAUCUAAUAUGAUAUAGUUUGUGAAUCGAAGUUGCUCCAAUUUCAAGCAAUCCUGGAAUUCAGCACA